UGCCCAGGCCUGGCGGUAACCUUGGGGUCCUCGCCGCCGCCGCCGUGGCCGGGGAGUGGGCUUUGCAAGUGUGAGUCUCAGCCCAGUCCAAGCCUGUUCGGAUCCCGGAGCCGCCGGGGUCGCGGAGGAGCCCGCUGAGAAGCGCCGGCAGCGGCAGCCGCGGGUCAGGGCCGCCCCGCCGACAUGUCUCUGGUGGCGGAAGCCUUCGUCUCCCAGAUCGCAGCUGCAGAACCUUGGCCUGAAAAUGCUACGUUAUAUCAACAACUGAAAGGGGAGCAAAUUUUGCUUUCUGACAAUGCAGCUUCUCUUGCUGUGCAGGCCUUUCUGCAAAUGUGUAAUCUGCCUAUCAAAGUGGUUUGUAGGGCAAAUGCAGAAUAUAUGUCCCCAUCUGGUAAAGUACCCUUUAUUCAUGUGGGAAAUCAAGUAGUAUCCGAACUUGGUCCAAUAGUCCAAUUCGUUAAAGCAAAGGGCCAUUCUCUUAGUGAUGGGCUCGAUGAAGUCCAAAAAGCAGAAAUGAAGGCCUACAUGGAAUUAGUCAACAAUAUGCUCUUGACUGCCGAGUUGUAUCUUCAGUGGUGUGAUGAAGCUACAGUAGGGGAGAUCACACAUGCUAGGUAUGGAUCUCCUUAUCCUUGGCCUCUGAAUCAUAUUUUGGCUUAUCAGAAACAGUGGGAAGUCAAACGUAAGAUGAAAGCUAUUGGAUGGGGGAAGAAGACUCUGGAUCAGGUCUUAGAAGAUGUAGACCAGUGCUGUCAAGCUCUUUCUCAGAGACUGGGGACGCAACCAUAUUUCUUCAACAAACAGCCUACUGAACUAGAUGCACUGGUAUUUGGCCAUCUGUACACCAUUAUUACCACACAGUUGACCAAUGAUGAACUUUCUGAGAGAGUGAAACACUAUACCAACCUCAUUGCUUUUUGUAGAAGAAUUGAACAGCAUUAUUUUGAAGACCGUGGCAGAGGCGGCUCGUCAAUCAGAAUGUCUUAAGAGUUAUGUGUUAAUGUAGUUAUUAUUUUAAAAAACUCAGAAUUUAAAAUUUGUUACUUGAAUGUUGAAAUAGAUAAUAGUAUCAGAAUUUUAAAGUCAGAAACACUGCAUUUUGAAACCUCAAAAAUUAUAUAUAAUGUAUCCUAUACAUGUACUUUAUACUGUUGUUUGUGUACACAUCAAAAUAAUUCUGAAUGACUACAUUUGAUAUGUUCUACUAUGUAUCACGAAGUGUUUGGGUCCUUGGAACAUGUAUGCACAUAAAAAUAAAGGUUAAACAGUUGUA